UGGAGUCGACUUCACGAUGUUGCGGCCGAUGAAUCGGUUUCCGACGGUUUUGCGACGAUUUCGACACAGUAAAUCUCAUUGGUCUGAGCAACGCAAGAAACAGUUUCCCAAAGAUCGGGCCCUCGCAAACUAUGACGAUUUCUACGGAUCCGUGUUUGGGGCACGAUGGAAAAACAUUCGGGUGGCGCUUCAGUGCGAGCACAAAUAUUUUGCACUCAUCAAUCAGUUCGGUGACACAGAAGAAACAAUCCGACUGCUCCAGGCGGAUGGGGCAAUUGAUGUGCGGCAAAUUUAUAACGCCCAAAAGAAUGCACUUGUCACUGAAAACCGUGACCUUUUUUCCGGCGACAAGGUGUACAAGAUGGGUGACAGAGUGCAGGCCUUCCAAGCGAACCGUGAGCAGGCAGAGGCACAAAACCUAUACCGCGCCGAUCCGGAAGCGGCCCCUAGUUCGAUUGGUACAUCAACGACCAACCCUCCCUCGGAAGCCUGUGAGGCAGUCGAUCAUAAGAAAUCGCUCGAUAAGGUGCUCAAGGAUGACACGGAAAUCGAUUACCAGCGGCUGGUCGAUCCAGCAGUCGGCUCAGCCGCUCUGCACGAAUUUGUGCCGGCAACGAAGCUGAAAGGGAUGGAAGAUUUCGUGUUCGAAUCGGAGCACUACAAAUAUUACAGUAACAGCACCGACUUUCCGCUAAACAUCGUAAUGGAGGACCGCUUCACCAUACCGGAAACGUUGCAUCUCUACACGUACGAACGGGCCAAUGUGUCCACUUUUCGAAGCCCUCGGAAGAGCGCGACGGGGGUUCUGUCGCACUUCCUGUUCGAUGGAGCAUCCUGUCUGCCUCCUCUCGCGCUGGACGUGCAACCCGGGGAAAGGGUGUUGGAUGCGUGUUCGGCACCGGGCGGUAAAUCGUUGCUCCUUCUGCAAACGUUGAUCCCCGGCACGAUUGUUAUGAACGAUCUGCAGGAGAGCCGCUGCAAUCGUAUUCGCAGCCUGAUGCAUCAAUAUUUGUACGAUUACGAUGAGAAGUGGAAGCAACGGCGUUGCUUUAUCACACAGAGCGAUGCGCGCAAUCUGCGAGAGUACGGAAUGUACGACCGAGUGCUGGUUGAUGUGCCCUGUACCAACGAUCGCCAUUCGGUGAUGCAGAACGACAAUAACAUUUUCAAACCUUCGCGUGUUAAGGAGCGUUUGCGGUUGCCUGAGUUGCAGGCCGGAAUUUUGGCCAACUGCUUGCAACUGUUACGCCCUGGCGGAACUCUUGUGUACUCGACAUGCAGCCUCAGCCCGGUACAAAACGAUGGCGUCGUGCACAUGGCCCUGAGCAACAUUUUCAACGAACUUGGAAUAACGGUUACGAUCAGGGACAUGAGCCUCGUGAUGCAACCGCUGAGGGAAGUGUUCAAGUUUGCUAACUCCGGAACGCUAAAGUAUGGCCAACUCGUGCUUCCAUUCCUCCCAGCCAACUUCGGACCGAUGUACAUCUGCAAAAUGGUUCGCAACGAAUAG